CGCGUGGCCGCUGGCGUGUCGCCGCGUGGACGCGGGUGCUGUCUAGCGCCGCGUGUGCGGCGCAGGCCCGAGACCUGAGUAAAGCCGGCGCUGGGCGAGGUGCGUGUUCACCGUCACUUAGGACAGAAAGCAUUUCCUGAGCUCCCGCUGUGUGGGGACGUUGGAUGCACAGACGGUCUACCGCGCACCCCGCGCCUGCAGCCCCUCGCGACCGAGUUCAGACUGACGGCCGAGCGGGAGAGUAACCACACGGAAGCCCGCGCUCGGGGCCAGGGGCGCCGCAGGCCCCGGGGUGUGGGAGCCGCGCAGAAGAAGCGGGGCAAAAGAGAAAGCGCCGGGCAAGGCCGUUUGGCCCGAGGAUCUAAGAACACGGGCCGGCAGCGACGGCCAAGUUUUAAGAUAAAGGUGAUUUAAAAGAAUUACGUGGGAGGCCUAGCAGCCGCGCCGCCUCCUGCCGCUCUGUGCUCACGCCCACCGUGUUGCCCACACUCCCAGGCUCCCCAUCAUGGACGCUCUGUCUGAAGCAAAUGGCACUUUUGCCAUAAACCUUCUGAAAAAGCUAGGUGAAGACAAAUCGAAGAAUGUGUUUUUCUCGCCCUUCAGCAUCUCCUCUGCCCUGGCCAUGGUCCUUGUGGGGGCAGAGGGGAACACCGCAGCCCAGAUGGCCCAGACACUUUCUUUAAGUAAAAGCAGUGGCAGAGGUGAUGUCCACCAGUGCUUCCAGUCACUUCUCGCCGAGGUUAACAGGACUGGCACACAGUACUUGCUUAGAACUGCCAACAGGCUCUUCGGAGAAAAGUCUUAUGACUUCAGCUUAUCUUUCAAAGAUUCCUGCCACAAAUUCUACCAAGCGGAGAUGGAAGAGCUGGACUUCUUCAAAGCUGCAGAGGAGGCCAGGAAACACAUCAACACCUGGGUGGUGAACAAGACCGAAGGUAAAAUUACAGAGGUGCUGUCUCCAGGUUCCAUUAAUCCAGGUACUCCUCUGGUUCUCGUGAACGCCAUCUACUUCAAAGGAACCUGGGAAAGUCAGUUUAACAAGGAGCACACCCAGGAGAGACCGUUUAAAGUCAGCAAGAAUGAGCAGAAACCUGUGCAAAUGAUGUUUAAGAAAUCUACCUUUAACAUGACCUACAUCAGAGAAAUAUUCACCAAGAUUCUGGUGCUGCCCUACGUCGGCAGAGAGCUGAACAUGAUCAUCAUGCUUCCCAAUGAGAACGUCGACCUGGAAACGGUGGAAAGGCAGCUCACCUAUGAGAAAUUUGCAGAGUGGACCAGGCCCGACAUGAUGGACGAAGGGGAGGUGGAAGUGCUCCUCCCACGGUUCCAGCUGGAGGAGAAGUAUGACAUGAAGGACGUCCUCUGCUCGCUGGGCAUGACUGAUGCCUUUGAGCAGAACAGGGCAGACUUCUCUGGGAUGUCGUCGGGGAGAAACCUAUUUCUGUCCAAGGUCGUGCACAAGUCCUUUGUGGAGGUCAACGAGGAAGGCACGGAGGCCUCAGCGGCCACGGUGGCCAUCAUGAUGCUUCGCUGCGCCCUAAGGACGCCCAGGUUCUGUGCCGACCGCCCCUUCCUCUUCUUCAUCCAGCACAGCAAGACCAGCAGCAUCCUGUUCUGUGGCCGCUUCUCCUCCCCUUAGGAAGUCGCUGCCAGGCAAGGCCCUCUCCUGCCUCCUCUGACCCACUCUCCUCUGACACCUCAAUGUGCCUGAGCUCAAAGGGACCUUUGGUCACCAUCAAAAAUAAAGGGCCUGAUUUUGAAAAAAAAUAAAAAAUUAAUAAAAGAAUUACGAGAACUAA